AUGGUCAGAAGGAAAAAAAGAAAGAUAGAGGCUUCACGAAGUGAGGGAAUAAAGAGUAGGUUUGUUCUGAGCCCUCGAAGUACGGUGCACUCAGAAUGGUUGAGUAAGCGUGUUGGUCGGGUAUUCUGGAAUUCUCUCCUUAAGUUUGCGUUUGGGAGAGGGCACUUCUUCGAUCGUCAAUCAUCUCCGACAUGGUGUUACAUUAUAAUGACGACGGUUUGCUCAAAAGCGCAAAAGUCGCGUGGCCAGAUAAAAAAAGGAGUUUCACAGUUUGGGUUAGCAAAGGGCCAAGCAAGGGCUGCCACUAUGUGCAGCGUGAAUGCGGUCAGCCUUGCAUUUGUAGGUUCAGCCCAAAAUCAGGGCAUAGCUGCUAAGGCAAUGGCUAUUCUAUGUACUUAUUUCUAUUGUAUACUUAAACUAUUUAAGUGUUGA